GGGUGGGGGUAAGGGGUCUCGUCCUCCUCAGUAUUGUGUUUGGGUGGGGGUAAGGGGCCUCGUCCUCCUCAGUAUUGUGUUUGGGUGGGGGUUAAGGGGCCUCGUCCUCCUCAGUAUUGCUCUUGGACCCUUCAGCAAUGUAUCAGAAAACACUAGGCUGUCUCUGUCGCCCAAUGUAAACCAAACUAUCCUCCCCCCCCCAACACAUUUUCUUUUACUCAAGGGCGUGACUGAUAACCAACUUAGAGCUUAUAAAAAUAUUAAUGUUACCUACUGGCUACUGGUCAUACAAGGCCUUUAAUGCAUCUUUACCAUGUAUUUAGAUAAAGAUUAUAACCCAUUCCAAUCGGAUCAUGGAAUGUCACACCGGGGGGCUGUCAAGCAACUUCAGAUGUUAAUUUAAUGUGCCCUGGAUUAUACUGUGGAAGGUCAACAAUAGAAAACAGAAAUGACAGCCAUCCACAGUUUGGAGAAUGUGGGGUAUGCCCAAGAGGGGAAAGAACAGAUGAACUGAGGAUUUGUCGAAAAUGUGAGGAUUCACCGGAACUCUACGACUGGUUGUACUUAGGCUUCAUGGCAAUGCUGCCUCUGAUUUUGCAUUGGUUCUUUAUCGAAUGGUAUUCAGGGAAGAAAAGUUCCAGUGCACUUUUUCAGCAUGUGACAGCAUUAUUGGAAUGUACUGUUGCAGCUAUUGUUACGUUAUUGGUGAAUGAUCCAAUUGGGCGACUGAAAAUCCGAUCCUGCCGAGUGAAGAUGCUGUCAGACUGGUAUACAAUGCUUUAUAAUCCGAGUCCAGAUUACAUCAAUACAUUGCACUGUACACAGGAAGCUGUAUUCCCUUUAUAUACUAUUAUCUUCAUAUACUAUGCCUUUUGUCUGGUUUUUAUGAUGUUGCUUCGUCCACUCCUGGUUAAAAAGAUUGCCUGUGGUCUUGGAAAAUCUGAUCGAUUUAAAAGCAUUUAUGCAGCCCUCUACUUUUUUCCAAUUCUGACAGUACUUCAGGCAGUUGGUGGAGGCCUGCUUUAUUAUGCUUUUCCAUACAUAAUUCUAGUCUUGUCAUUGGUAACUUUGGCAGUAUACAUGUCUGCUUCAGAAAUACAGACACACAAGGAUCUGAUCACCAAAAAGAAGAGACUGGUUGUUCUGUUUAGUCAUUGGAUGUUGCAUGCCUAUGGAAUAAUCUCAAUUUCAAGAUUAGAUAAACUGGAUCAAGAUCUGCCUCUGCUGGCUUUAGUACCAACUCCAGCACUUUUCUACCUGUUAACUGCUAAAUAUACAGAACCUUCAAGGAUAUUGUCAGAAGGUGGCAAUGGACAUUGAAAAGGGGCACAUACUAUAGAACAAGGGAUGUUUGAAACAGAUUCUAACUGUGUAGGAAUUAGUAUGAUUACUAUUGCUUGUUCAGCUGUGAUGUGCUGUCUGCUUUAUUUAUGUUUUAUGUACAUAAUCGAUUCACAUGCUUUGACAAAAUAGUAUUAAAAUGCAGAUAAGAAAUUUUAUUUCAAUAAAUUGGAUCCAUCUCACAUAACUGCAGUGGAUUACAUAAAGUGUAAAUUUCAGCUUCUUUGUCAUCCUGUGGGGCAGAAUAUAAAUGAUGAAUCUUUUGCAAUGAUACAAUGGUCCAAACCUAAUCAACAUUAAUUUUCAUUACUGUGUUUCUGAACUUUGGCUAAUGCCAGUUUAUUGGAAGACUUUUAUUUGAUCUCCUUGAACAAAGUGCGGUGGUGGGUCAGUUGAAAGGGCCAGCCUAAAUCGCCAAAUAAUUGGUUCUUUCAGAAGCUGCCCAUGGUUUUUUUGAAUAUUAAAGGUUAGACUUAAGUUGCCACAAUAAUUAUCAGUCUACAUUUUUUUUAUUCCACUGUAACUUUCACCCAUCCAUUUUCUAAUGGAGUUCUUCUAUCUAUACAGAGGAACCUCGAUUAUCCGAAGGACACGGGUGGGGAGUAUUUCAUUCAGUUAAUCGAAUGCUGGAUAACGUAGUUUAGCCAAGCAUUGGGACCUUGUGUUCUAACCGGAUACUCUAAAGUUCUGAUAAUCAAGGUUCUUCUGUAUGUAGUUAGCUUUCUAUCAUGAAAGGUUUGGUAUUAAUAUUUUCUUGAGGCAAUUUUUCUCAAGUAUAAUUUGAAACAUUGAGAUAUUAAAUACAAAAGCUGGAAGUAUAUCUUUCAGAAAUCUCAAUGAUAAAUGUUUUAAAACAUAAAGAUUUGGAGGGAAUUACCAACAGAGACCUCUGAUACUGCCAGUUAAAAGUGACUAAGUAUUUUUCAUGAAUUUCAAAUUAAAUGUUAUUAAUAUGACAAUGAUGUUUUCUUACCUAUAUAAUGUUGUCAUUGAGGUGAUGUGAUUUGUUUCAUCACGCAUCUUUCCUUUUCUUCUGUAAUUCAAAGAUAAAGUAAAAUUUAAAAUACGUUUAAUCCAACUAAGAAAGUAAUUUUAAUCAAAUAUGGCCUACCAGUAGGAAGUGUGGCUCCCACGAAGGAUUGCAGUUUACUUAAGUACUGUUUUAGCUGAUCACUAACGUAGCCAACCUUUCGUAUUCUGCUGUAGAUUUUCUGCAGCAGUUCCUUUAUUGUGUCUAGUACACACUGUUCACAUUCUUCAGAUUCCUGCAAAAGUGGCAUUUGUGAAUUCUGUGAUAAAUACAUGCAUAAAUACCAGUAAAAAUCUUUGUUACUCACUACCUUUUGAACCCUAGCAUCCAAUGACCAGCUAUUCAGAAGAUUAUCUAAAAACAAAGAAAAAAUAGUAUUACUUUGGUAGCAUGUGUAAUUAAGGUACAUUACUCCGAGUAGAACUAAGUAUAGGUAGUCUUUCAGAUAGGGACAGGAUAGUGCAUGCAUACUGUUUGCACUUUGUGUCAACAAUAAUGAUCAAAUUAUAGAUGUAUUUUGCUUGAAAUUUGUAUGUAAAUAUGAGGAAAAAAUGACAAAGUUUAAAUAUUUAAAUUUGAGAACACUUAUAUGAUUUAUGAACGCAAAUUGAAACUUUUCAGGAGACUCAAAUCAUUUUUCCCACUAUGAUAGAAUUGUUUGCAUCCAAGGUAUCUGAGAUGAACCUAAGUUUGCACAUAUAGUAAUUAAUUUGUUGGUAGAAAUAUUUAGGAAUAAAAUCUGACUAUAAAGUGUCACAAUUAAGAGGCUUGAUGUUAAAUACUGGAACUGUAAACUUUGUGACACUGUGUUAACUUCUUUUCACAAAACAGUUUUUCAGAUGAUGCACCGUAGAUGAUUUGUAGUUCAAUAUCCUGUUGGUUCUUUGCUGCGAUUUGCUUUUCUCUUCCUUCUUUGAGUGAGGCAAUGACUCUCACCAGUUGGAAGUUGCACUGUCAAUGAAAGAUAGGAAAGAUUAAUUGGAAUAUAUUGUUAUUAAUAUGCAGCAGCUUCAUUGUAAUCAGAGGUGUCUCUCAUCCUGCAGAUUUUUACAGCAAACUCACUGAAAGUGAUUAAGAAUGGAAAUCCAGACCUUAUUGCUAAACUUUCUCAGCUAAAGGCACAGAUAGUAAUGCCUAACCACAACAGCAGUUUUUGCUGCUGCUGUUGGUUAAGGAAGAGCAUGUGCAAAUGUGAAUAUGCUUUAUUUUACUGUUUCAUGCAGGAAUAUUUCUUCCUUGAAGAAAUUCUGCCAUACAGAUGCAUGUAAAGUGUAAAUACAUACAACUAGUUUUAAUAGAAAACACUGCAUUGCUAAAUAAUACUUUACUCACCAGUUUCAGUUUGCAGUUUUCUAUCUCAAGAUGUUCAAGUCUUCUGUUUGUUUCAUAUAUAUCUGCCUCCAUGAAUUUUAGUUGCUCAGCAGUAUUUUUAACUUGGUUAUAGAGGCUAUUUCGUAUUGCAGCUAACAAAGACUUCAGUUGUGGCUGAUGAAAGAAACAAAUGCAAUAAAUGUAUUCUGCUAUUGGUAUAUUUGCUGUUCAAUUUUUUUUUCCAAAAUCCACUUCACAAAAUGUGAAGGUCCAAAAAUUGCUGGAUGUGAGAGUUGAUCAUGGAAUGGUGCGGUUGGGACUUCCUGAGCAUCGAAUUCAACACUUACUUAAAUUUAACUAAUUAUAGAAAUAAUCACCAGUGAAGAAUGAAAAUGGAAAUAGGAUGAGACAAAGAGAAAUAAAGGAAAAGAAAAAGCCAGCAAACGUCUAGACAUAAUCUACAAUGUGCAGGGGUGUACCUAUUCAAAUGUUGCUUUUCUUGGCCUCCAACAUUGAGUGGCAUAGGCUACUCAAAUCACAGGUGAAACUGGGCAGUGCAACAUGAAAUAUAUGGAAGGAGUUGAAUUUGUCUUAACUGCAUAAAUCAAGUAAUUUUGUAAAACAGAAGUCUCAUGGUAUGAUUUUUCUUUAGUUUUGAUAAGGCUAAAGUACUGAACUGGAACAGAUAGCAUAGUCCCUAUUUAUCAUAAAUUACUGUUUUGCUUUAUAUACUAAUGAUAGCUGGCACAAGAAACUUGCCAUUAUUUCUGAGCAAAUU